CCGAUCCCGAAGUAUUCCUUCUUGAAAUGAACUUUUCGGCGUCUGUCUGUGUGGUGGAUAAUUUUAACUCGGGUUUCGUGUCAUGCCGCACUGUAACCAAGAUGGCCUUGGUCAGUCUAUACUCGCAUAAGACGGAUGUAAUGUUGAAGCUCCUUUUCAGAGAUUCAUCGAAAACAUUUAAGGUGACGAAAUCUUUCCAUGAACACUAUCUUUUCAGUUGACAAAUAAUAUCAGAAAGCUGUACGACCGCAACGUGGCAUCCGGAAACCUGACCAUACGAAUUACAGUACCAGAAAAGGAUAUAAUGGUUCAAAAGGCAGAUCCGGGUUUACUGUCCAAGUUUUUGAAGGUUUUGCUUGACGUUGCAUCUGGACUGACGCCUCCGAAACAGAUAUUGAACACAGCGAACACUUGUGCCUCUGGGGUGAGGUGUUGUGCCGUAUGAUUUCUGAUCGACCCUAGUUAAAGCUUGCGAAAAUUCACAAGGUACACGUGAAACGGCGAGAGGAUUACCCUAUUGGAAAGCCAUUCCCACCGGACAUGACGGAGUUGAUUGUUCGGGAUUUGAAUUUGCGCUCUUUUGACUCCAGACUGCUCAAGUUUACCCAACUGCGCUCUUUGGAUUUGGGUUCAAAUAAGCUAACACAGAUCCCACUUGAAAUAAGCCAGCUUUCUUUGAAUUCUUUGGUGCUGGAUAGGAAUGCCAUAACCAGUUGGCCGUCAGUGGAACUGGAAUCAGCACUGGCUGUUUCUUUGAGAAAUCUGGAUUUAUCCCAUAAUCCAAUUGAUUGGCUCCCGGACGACUUUUGGAUCCUGAGAAACUUGGUUUCGGUCAAUCUUUCUCACCUCGGAUUGAACGGUCUACCUGCCGCGUUCCUGCACUGCCUGCGACAUCUACGUGAUCUUCGUCUUGAUGGCAAUAAAUUACGAUGCCUACCUUUCCCCAUAACUAUUCACACUCAGUGCAACCUCUCCGUUUCUGGCAAUGGAUUUUUGAACCCCGAUCCCUCUCCGGAGUCUUUACAAUACCUCAGAGUCCCCACUCUUUUUUCUUUGGCUUCGAUUGUAUGUUCUCGCCAAACCAAGUGUUGGUUGUUGCGGGAUUUUGUAGAAUGCAGUCGCUUGACUCGUUUGAAUAAUCGUCAUCCUGUCCAGUCGAAACCAUUC